AUGUCUGGUGUGGCCAAUUACCCCAAUGCCUCGCCCGAGGACAUCAAAGCCCAGUAUGUUGGGCGCUUGCUGUCCGACGUCGAUGGACCGGCCGCAAUUAUAGAUGUGGCAGCUGCACGCCAGAAUUGCCAAUUUAUGCUCGAUGCAGCAGAUGUUUUGGGGGUUCAUUUCCGCGCUCAUGUCAAAACUCAUAAGACAACAGAGCUUACACGAUUCCAAGUCGGGGAGAAGAGCGAUACGGUGCGAUUAGUCGUUUCAACUCUGGCCGAAGCUGAGCAGCUCAAACCUUACCUGGAAGAAUGUAAAGGAAAAGGAAGAUCCAUAGAUAUAAUCUAUGGUUUACCAGUGCAACCGUCGUGCUUCAAGCGACUUGCAGUCCUUGGAGCCUCGCUAGGAAAAGGCAGCAUAUCCGUAUUAGUGGAUACUCCAGAAAUAAUCCCCUUCCUUGCCAAAUACCGGGAGCUUACUUCGGAUACUCUUGGAGUGUUUAUCAAGCUUGACACUGGCUAUCAGAGAGCUGGAGUUUGCCCUGAUUCUUAUGAAUUCAGGGAUCUCGUUGCAGUUAUCCAUGCUGCGGAGCACGACGAGACCUCAAGCAUAUCCUUACGCGGAUUUUACAGUCAUUUUGGCAAUAGUUAUAACUCAAGCAGCGAGAAUGAAGCAGUAACUUAUCUGGAAGCUGAGAUCGAGCGUGGUGAGAUUGCUGUCGAAUACGCCUCAACAGUAGGAAAGUAUUCCGGACGCCGUUUCAUCCUUUCCGUCGGUGCAACCCCAACAACUACAUCGGUGCAGAAUCUCACUUCUCUCAAUGCUCUUGAUCCAGCAAUGCAACGCGUUAAGGAGUCAAUUGCUCAUUCUAAGCUCUCAUAUGACAUCGAGCUACAUGCUGGCGCGUACGUCAUUCUAGAUAUGCAACAGCUAGUAACACAUGCUCGACCAUCUUCGUCUCAUCUUUCUUUCAGCAACAUAGCCUUAACGGUCCUGGCAGAAGUUGCCAGUCUAUACCCAUACAGAAACACACCCGAGGCAUUAGUCGCAUGCGGAGGACUAUGUCUGGGGCGAGAACCCUGCCGCAAUUAUUCUGGUUGGGGGGUUGUGACCCCCUGGUUGGAAAACGGAGAGGGCACAAGAGUGGCCGAAUCAGGAUGGUAUGACCCCGAUGGAGAUCGAAAGGGGUGGAUUGUGGAUCGAAUUAGUCAAGAGCAUGGGAUUCUUGCGUGGCAGGGUCCGAGGAACAAUAUUCGGCCGCUUAGAGUAGGGGAAAAAGUUCGGAUUUGGCCAAAUCACUGUUGCAUUUGUCUUGCUGGGUUCAGUUAUCUGCUGGUGGUGGAUUCGAGUCUAGAAGGCGUUGAGAAGGAUAAAGUACAGGACGUAUGGCUGAGUUCACGAGGGUGGUAG